CACUGAUGCUUACUCCAGAAUGAUGUGAUAGUCUCUACGCGUGGCUACCAGGUCAGGCGCUCCGCAAUGGCAAGCCGCAGUGUACCGGGGUCGCGAUUGCACUACCGCUUGACUGCCGGGGCGCUGCCAGCCAGCCAGGAUCUCUGGCGUGGGAUGAGCGACAUUGACGAAACGGAGGUCGUACAGAUUGAUAAGUCCCUGCCAUCCGUUUUCGAGAGACAACAGGCUGGUUCUUCGUCGGGACACUCGCGGACAUCGAAUGCGCGUUUGAAACGCCCGCAUUCGUCCACUUCAGGAUUGGCUACAUCACCCCGGCAGAGGCUAGCAGAUAAACGCCGCUCGCUCGCUGCAUCGCUGUUCUCUUCUGAUGAGGAAGACAAGCAGCUAAGAGUGCGGUCUCCGCGCCAAGCCCAAGGAGUCGCUGCGCUCAAGGGCAAGGCGAAAACACCUGCCAGGACCCCAAUAUCUGGCACGCGAGACAUGCGCAAGGCAAUGUUUGCCAAUUUCGUUGACGACAGCGAUGGAGAGAAGAGUGAUGGCUCGAGCGGCAGCGCGGAUGAUCUGAUUGCAGCUAUGCCGACUCCGGCACCCUUCCAACCGGCCUCAUAUACUCAACUUGCAGGCGCCACUGAACGCAUUGCACUAGCAAACGGUGCCCUGCAAUCCACAUCCCACUUCAGACCUGCACUUCACGAGCUGCUGUCUGCGCACAACGGAAGCCACAAUACACCCAUGGCUGGAGCAAGGGAAAGUGACGCGACAAGCACCGGCAAGAAGAGCGCAGCUGGAAACAGCUCACUGCUCGACGCAUUGGACCACAUUCUCGAUGGAGGCGAACCGUCUCGCGGAGCGAAUGACAUGCCCACUCUCAGCCCUUCCGCUAAAGGCAAGGCUCGCGCUCAUGAUGCACCACCGAAGAGGAAAAGUAAGACGGCGCAAGAGAGGAAAUAUCACGCUUUGCGAAACAACACAACUUUGACCCAGAUUGGUCUGGUGGUCUCAGAGGGAAAGGGGAAAGGGAAAGGGAAAGGAAACGCAAGGGAAAAGGAAAUAGAGAGAGGGACAGGUUCUAGCAUACGUGGAAGGCCUGCAGCUGCCAUCGACAUCAUAUCUGAUGGGGAUGAUGAUCAGCCACGGGCUGGCCCAAGUCGCCCACACGCAGCAGUGAAGAACAUGCAGCAAUGCAACCAAUUUGACGACACGAGAGAUCUGCUGGACGACAUUGACUUUGACGAUGUCGAACUCACACAAGAGAUCAGGCAAGAAGCGCACAUGCUACCGGAUCCUUCCGGACCGUCUCCGCCUGUUGGCCUGGAGGACAAUCAACUCAUCAGAUGGUUCGCUAGUCGAUCGUGUCCGGGCAAUGUCGCCAAGAAGCUCAACGACGUGUCGCUCUCGAAGAACCGCAAAAAGAUUUAUAACGAGCUAUUUGUCAAGAACGGCGACGCGUCAUCUUCUCCGUUGGAGCACCCCAAGACGUGGUUCACGAAGAACAUGCCUGGCUUGGCCACGGCAGGGUCGAGAAGCAGGGCCAAGAGAGCACCCGCAAAGGCGCCGGCGAGGGUGUCGGGGAGUCAGCAUUGUGGGAUACAAGCGGCGCGGGGCGGUGGAACUGGCGGGUAUCCAGGCCGGAAGAGGUCAUAUAAUUGGCGGAAGAAAGCUGGGGGAAGUGCGAUUCGGCCAGCCGGCCGCAGCGAGGUCAAGGCUGGGAAUAGGAGGAAGUGGAAUGGCUACACACGAAAACGGGAUGGGCCCAAAGCAGAGAUAAAAUGAAAAAGCACACACUCUACUUUGCGUCACGAUUGUAUGCACUGCAUGUUGCUCUGCUGCUUUCGUGCUACAUUGAGUGAAUGAGUGGGCUGCAUCUGAUACCCGAAUACUUUUGAUGAGAUACUGCUGCUGCUGCUAUUGUUAUUGUUGUUGUUAAUGACUUCUUGAUUUACCUUCACAAAUAAAUCAAUCCUCUGUGG